AGGACCUGAUGUCCAAGCAGAGCCAGGAGAACCGGUGGGCCGUCCAGAAGUGGAUCAGAACCUUGAAGAAGCAGUGGAGCUACCUGACGGAGGAAGUGACAUCACGGCGUGACAGGCUGCAGGCUGCCGCCGCCAUCAAACAGUACUUUGCAGACGUGGCCGAGGCUAACUCCUGGCUGGAUGACAGGAAGCCGCUGCUGACCAGCGAGGAUCAUGGGAAGGACGAGUCGAGCACUAGUCUGCUGCUGCAGCGCCACCAGAGGCUGGAGAAGGAACUGUUGGCGUACGUCUCGGAGAUGAAGAGGCUGUCGGAGCAGGCCAAGAGUGCAGCACAGCUGACGGCUCUGACUGCGGAACCUCAGCAGAUUAAGAUGAUCCAAUACAGCGACUCCUCCAGCGACGAGGAGGCGGGGCCAGCAACGGUGACCUCAUCACUCAAAGCCCGGAGUGGGAGGGGCUCUGUAAGCUCCUCCCCUCAGAGGGAAUCGAGCAGAGCCAAGGUCCGCUUCAGAUUCAGCCGAGGUCCGUUCCUGUGGGAUCGUAACGAGAUAGUGACGAUCGUCGGCUCUGGGCCAGACGAAGACAAAGUUUUGGCCAAAGACAGUCGAGGAAACCAGCAGGUCAUCCCCAAAACCUACCUGACCCUGCUGCCGGCCACGGCUCCUCCCUCGACCCCGCCCGUCUCCACCAAUGGCGUGCCAGAAAGCCCAAGCAGGAAGCUGAGUCGUCCGAGGCGAAGCCGCUCGAUGCGUCGAAGCACAACGGAGAUCCAAACGGCCUGGAUGCCGGACCUGCAGUACCAGAGAGACACGGUGGAGGAAACACAGGCCGGUCUGGACCAGGACUACAACUCCCUCUACAGCCUGGUGAAGUCGAAGACGAGGAUUCUGGAGGAAAUGCUGCGUCUGCAUCGCUUCUACAACAGCUGCCAGGAGUUUGAGUCGUGGAUGGAGGACAAGGAGAACGUCCUGAACACCUUCAGCACCGACGGAGACAAUCUGGGAGUCGUUCAGGCCAAGUACGAGAACUUCCUGACUGAGUUGGUGAGUGGGCGGGGCCAGCUGGAUGACAUCAUCAAACUGGGGGAGGAGCUGGUGAGGAGUCGCCACAGUAAGCAGAAGGAGAUCCAGGCCAGACAGAGGGGAGUCUCCAGCAGGUGGGAUCGAAUCCAGCAGCUGAAGGAUGAAAAAGCUCAGGAGCUGCUGAGUACAGCCGAUGUCCAGUCGUUCCUGCAGAGCUGUGAAGAAGCUAGAGUCCAACUUAAGUCUCAGAUGUCCCAGAUGAACACCGUGGACGUCGGCUGCAGCUCCUUCACUCUGCAGAACGAGGAGAAGAACCAGAGCCAGGCCCUCAGAGACAUCCAGGUCCUGGAGGGAAAGAUCUCCUACCUGAAGAGCAUCGCCAAGAUGAAGCAGGACUGCAGUCCAGCAGAAAGUGCCACCAUCAUGGAGGAGGUUCGAGGUUUGGAGGCUCUUCUGAAGCAUGUGAAGCGUCAGGCCGCAGACAGACAGCGCCACCUGGAGGACGCCCGCUGCCUGCAGAGCUUCCAGCAGCAGGCCAAGGAGCUGCAGCGCUGGGGGGGGUCGGUCCAGGAGCGCCUCCUGCAGGAGGAGUCGGCCGGAGACGUGGCCUCGGCUGUAGCUCUGCUGGAACAACACCAGGAGCUGAGGCUGGAGAUGGAGGAGCAGAGGAGCAGGCUGACGGAGAUGGAGAAAUUGGGUAAAUCCCUCCAUCACGGCUCGACUGGCGGCGUCGACAUCAAGCAAACCCUGGAGGAACUCGGCGCCCAUUGGUCCAAGCUGGACAAACUGUGGACCAAUAAGAAGCAGCAUCUUCAACAGGGGGUGGAGCUACAGAGGCUGAACCAGGAAGGAGACCGGAUCGAGACGACGCUGUCCGAACACGAAGCCCGGCUGAGGGUCAAAGACGUCGGGGACUCGGUGGACAGCGUUCACAGCCUGCUGGGCCGACAGGAAGAACUAGAAGGCCUCCUGAAGGCUCUGGACCAGCGGGUGGACAACUUCAGCCAACGCAGCAAAGAACUGAUUGACCAACAACACUACGCUGCUAAACACAUCAAGGAGCGCAGCAAAAGCAUCCAGAAGGCCAACAAGAGCCUGAAAGAAAGCAGCAGACAGAGGAGGAACCUGCUGCUGGCUUCCAAGAAGUACCAGGAAUUCCAGAGAGAUGCUGAAGAGCUGCUCCUGUGGAUGGAGGAGAAGUUUAAGGUGGCUGAAGACGAGUCGUACCGCGACCCAACGAACAUCCUCAGGAAGCUGAAGAAACAUGAAGCGGCCAAGAAGGAGAUGCAGGCCAACCAGGUGUGGCUGGACAGACUGGUUCAGCUGGGACAGGAGAUGCUGGCUGAGGAGCAUCCCAACAGUCAGAGCAUCAGCAGGAAGUCCUCUCCGCUCAGCAGCCGAUGGAGGAGGCUGCAGGACAAGAUGGCCGACAGAGGAGAUAAACUGAGGCAGGCGGGACAACAGGAGCAGCUGAUGGAGCUGCUGCAGGACGCCAAGCUGAAGAUCGAUGCCAUCCAGUGGAUGCUGAACAACGCUUCCAAAGGUCACAACCUGCGCUCCAGCCGACAGCUGCUGAAGGAGCAUCAGCAGCUGGAGCAGGAGGCCAAGGAGCUGGCGGAGAAGAUCAACUCCAUCGUCAGCAGAGCUCAACAUCUGGCCUCCAACCACUUCGACUCUCACAGGAUCCUGCAGGAGACGGACACGUACCUCACUCU